AUGGCCGAACCGGUGGUGAAGCAGCUCCUGGCAUCGUUCCUCCCCCCCGACGUCGUCGCCCUCAUCGAAACACACAUCCUCGACCCGCGCUCGCCCAUCCAGAUCCUCAAGCGCCAAGCCCUCGCCCUCGCCCGCCGCGGCGCCUCGACCGUGACGCCCCUCGUCCAGCCCGUCGCAGAGCGCGGCAUGGCGGUCCUCGCCGAGCACCAGGGCGCGCUGGACCUGCUGCUGCCGCUGGCGACCAUCGUGGCGACGCUGGUGGUGCUCAACUGGAUACGGCGGAUCCUGCUGUGGUGGACGCGCCUGGCGAUGCGGGCGGUGCUGUGGGCGGCGCUCGUGGCGCUGGCGGCGUGGGUGUACAACCGGGGCGUGCUGGUCAGCGCGAGGGACGCGGCGGUUGUUGGGGCAAAGGUCAUGGGGUACAUCGCCGUGCUGAAGAACGUUUGGCUGGAUGAGUAUAAGCGGUACGAGGGACAGCAGGCGAGUGGGCGAUGGGACGAGUACUCGGCGAGGAGGAGCGGCGGCGGCAUGUAUAACCAGGCGAGGUGA